CUUGGACUAAAAGUUCUUGAAGCGGUGCGCCAACACCUAUUUUGAGUCCUGCAAUUUCCUCCAGCAAUCUAAUCAUCUGCUGCUCCCCCGAGCUCACGUCAGCGCUCAGCUUGUCGACGUUGCCAUCACACCUGAGAAUGAUAGAGAGAAAAGCAAGAACAGCUGGUGGGAGAGAACUAAAUGAGAACAGAAGGAUGGGAGGGAGAGAAGGCAAGGUGUGAACAGAAGGGAAACAUGAUCAUGAAGCACACAAAGUUAAGACAAGGCACCGACAGGCAACAAAAAAAAUCAACUUAGCUCACUGUAGCUUCACUUAAAUAAUACAAUAUGUUGCCAAUUCACAGAGCGCGAGUUGACAAAAAGAGCAAACACAACAAAAAUAAUCAAUUUCCAAUUUAGUUUCAAUUCAUUUACAGACUCUUAUGCAAUAUUUAGCCUCUGAGAUAUACUGGAAUGAAGUUGAAGAGAUAGACUUGAACUGCCUGAUCCACUAUCAGCAGUGAAAUACAGCUUCCUUCUUUCCAAUUCCUGUUUUAAUGAGAUAAUUACUCUUGCAUAGGCUUUAACGCUCAGUUUAUCAAGUCUCUCUGUGUGUGGUAAUAUCAGUAUAUUACAUCUGCAGCUAAUAACUGAAAUGUCUGGUAGCAAAUUUGGAUUAUUUCCCUGCACACUAUUACAAUACAUCCAUGCACUGAGCAGUGCAGUUAAUCAAACACUACUUGCCCCUAGCCCACUUAAAUUGUUAUGGGCAACAUGCAAAAGAUCAUUAAAUGGAGUAGAUCAGUUCUACUGCUUCUUUUAUUGGGCCAUAGAUGAUCAGUUUUGUUUGACAAGGUUCAACCUGGGCUCUCACUGCUGAAAACACAGCUCAGGUGUAAACCAAGAUCUCCGUGAAAUUAUAUUGGAUUAAAAAAAUUAUAUUAUUUGAGGUUACCAAAUAGUAUAAGAGAUAUCAACAUAUGUAAAACAGAGAAAGGAAGGUUAGUUUUUCUUUUCUUUUUUACAUCCAUCCAUCAGAUGGUUGCAGAUCCUUUCAACCCCAGACAGCAAAGCUCCUGCUCCUAUCUGUGAGGCGGAGCCUAGCCACCCUAGAGAGGAAUCUCAUUACUGUUGCUUGUGUGUUGGAUCUUAUUCUCGUCACAAUCCGUAGUUCAGGAUCAGAGGUAAGGUUCAAAACGUAGACCUGCAGUUAAAAUUGAGAGCUUUAUUUAGUUAUUUUGUAUUCAGAUCUUUCUUCAACUCAACAAACUGGAACAACUGCCACAUCACUGCGGGCGUGGCCAUGUUCUGUUUACCCAUCUUCAUCGUCCCAUCUCAUGUGAACAUGACACCAGGAAACUUGAUUUCAUCCUCUUGAAGAAGAAACAGAGAGAGACAGGCCACCUUUCUUCAGUGGAGAGCGAUGGGUCCAGACUUAAUGCAGCUCGUUCUAGACUCUCUACGCCGAGCUGUAGAACAUUCCAGCAGAUACCGAUGGUCGUGGCUUGAAGUUCCCAAUGGAACCAUAUUAACUGCAAAAUGACACUCUGAGGUUCUUCUUUCCAGGAUUAUGCCAUGAACACUGUCCAUCAACACCACAACAGGAUCCGAGGCAAGUGUCCCCCCUCCUGGAGACCACUCUGCACUCUAAACAAACUUGACUUUGUGCCAAAAUGUGGACACAGCUUUUGUUUUUGUUUGUUAGAAGAACUGGAUUGCCCCCUGUCAAAUACCUUAAGAGACAUGGCUGCAAGCAGUCUGCAGACCUACAAAAUAAAAAAAACACACAAUAAAAACCACAGUGCUCCUCCUCCUAAUUCUGAGGUUCCAGAAUCGAUCAAAGUCUCCUUUGAGAAGCACAGUUCUUCCUGAACAUCCUCUGUGGUCACCCUUGACUAUAGGUGUUGUCCUCCACAAACACUGAAGAACGACGUCAGCCAUGACACCCCCACAAAAUCCAGAACCUGUUGCAUUUUAGGAUGAAUCUCAUGUACCUCUGCUGAUGGGGAUUUUUUCAACUACUGCUGUUGCGAUGAACUUGCCUAAGACUCUGAAUCCGUCACUGACAACUUGAGAAGAUCCUAAAAGUGCUUCUUCAUUCUGUGAGUCUCAUUUCUUCUUUCUGGUUUAAGAGCCAUUGAACUAAUCUUAACACGACUAGGUCCUGUCACAAAUGUUCCUAAUUAAGAAAAGCACAACUUUCCUGUUGAAUUUCUACAAUUUUCAUGACAGUUUGAAUACAGUUACUGUGAAAAUUGUUGUUUUACAAAGUUUUAGGAUAGAUAUCCUAAAACCCUUAUAGAUACCCAUAUUGCAAGGUUAUCUUACAGUGUUUUCCAUGUUUUCUCAUAAUAAAAACAAGAUAGGUCGUUUGUGUAAGCUAGCUGCUGUCUUGCUAGAAAAGAAGUUAUCAAAUGACUUUGAUAGCUUCUGUUAAGGAAAUAUAUAAAUCUUACCUAAGGUGAAACACUUAGGUAUGACUCCCCCGGCUAGUCUAGGGAAGUGAAGAAAAGAUGAAAGUACAUCACUUUCAAUAUCCACCAGCUCUCUAACAAAGAGGGGAGUAAAAGGGAGUAUCCCACAAGUUUCAGUUUCCUUCAUAACUCUGGUAUUUGUACCUGCUGACUGUGACCCUGGACGAUUCAAACCCAGUUUAGAAAUGCCUUAUGUGUUUCCAGCGAGCUGGAUCCAACAUGAAGGUUGCCUCAUGGAUAAAAUUGAUUGAUUGCUUGCUUGACUGAAAUAAAACAGAGUUUUGUCAUGACACCUAUUUUCUGACAAAUGACUGUCAGGAAAUACUCUGUAAACAAUUGAAUUAACUUUACAUUAAAGAGCAAGAGCUUGCCCUGACUGUGUUCAUUCACAAGAUAUUUGAACUGGGUUUAUUAGUUCAUCACAUGCAGAAUUAAUCAGCUUGAAGGCUUCUGUGUAAUACCAGACAAUGAUAGCCUGUAAUCAUGUUAAUGGUCCAUUUGAAAAGCAGUGUUAAAGCUGAAUAUUUAAUUUUUGCUUUCCUACUUAGGCACUCAUGAGAACACAGCAUGAUGUUCCCAGACACAAAUGACUCCCAAACACCCUGAUUUAUUAGUCAAAAACAUUUUCACUUUGAACUAAUUUAUCUGGUUGGAGAGAGAUUGUUAGAGCUUCGCAUAUGCAGACAAUACAUCUGGAGCAGAUGAGAAUGAAGCUGUUUUUUUUGUUGUUUUUUUUUCAGACACCUCACCAUCCCAUCAGGUCUAAUCAAAUCAGCUGGCGGGUUGUGGGCAUGACUCUGUGUUGGUGCUCUGCACAUUAAACACAGGAAGAUUAGAGAAGAUGCACAUGUAAGAUUUUAUCUAAGAUGCACAAAACAAUCAUUCCAAUCCCACAUGACAAGUGAUGUUGAUAUGCAGUUUUUUUAGAGCCCAAGUGUUUUUACCUAAAAAAAAAAAAAAUGUCUGUGCCUGUACCUUCAUGCAUGGCUGUUUGAAGAUGUGUGUGAUGACGGGCUGGUUUUGCUCCAGCAGCUUGAAAGUGACCUGCCUUGGAUGGAGCCGUGCAGGGUCUGCAGACGUGCUGCUGCCUCUUCUUUAAUCCCGAAAAGCUUGGUCAAGCUCCACGGCCCCUCUCUUCCUCCAGGCAUCGGGACGUAAACAGAAAAGCAAUUGUCGCAUUUGAAAGGUUUUGUGUUUUUGGCAACAAAAUGAUGAAACGCAUGUGUUGCAAAUCAAGACAAACUGUUGACUAAAACUCAUUUAAGAAGAAAAGCCAUCCUCUCAUGGUUCAAUUCAACGAGGAAGAAUAAUGAAGAUGGAACGAGACGCAGGCUUUCCUGCUCUCAGGUUGUCUUUAUGUCCCGGCUCACGCUUGUGUCACUGUUCCUGUAGCUACAGUGGAUUAAAGUUAAACUUUAUCACUGUGAUUUACAACACUGUCCACAAGGUCUCCAACCUUAUUUCCUAACAAUCAUCCGUGGACAAGUGGGGCUCAUCUAAUUUAGAACGCAGAUGGAUCUGAAAACUAAAUUGGUGACUUAUGUGAACAAAGUGGUUUUUAAAAAAAAAAAAAGGAAAUCUCCAAUUACGACAGCUGCAAUUACUCCGAAUUUUUAAUAACAGAAAAUUAUUAUUUUUAAAUUGCCUGUUUUGAAUCAUAAUUUUAGGAGCUUUUAUUAUUUUGUAGCUUGAUUUGAUUCUAGUUUCGUUAUGAUUUUGUGUUAGUUUCUUAUUUUGGUUGGAUCAGUCUUGUUCUUGCUUUCUUUAGUCAGGUCUUUCUUAGUGAUUCUAGUUUGUUAUGUUUAUUUCUAGUGUCUAGUUACUCUUAGUUACUCUAGUUUAACUACUGUAUGUUUAAUUUGUUUUACUAUUAGAUUAAUUUUCUAGUCCCUAUACUCUCCCUCGCCCUUGGUGGCUCUUUCUCUCUCUCCUCAGUUUGCUCUCUACUCUCUCCCCUCUCACCUGCAAUCAGUCCAGGUUAAUUGUUUCAGCAAUCAACCUCCCAGUACGUUAGCACCUCUUUCUCAGCUGCUCUUCACUGGAUCCUUCAGCUAUUUCCCAGGUUUUCCCAUAGUCUCCUUAUGUCUCCUGGCUGGCUUUUUUUGUUAUGGUUUAUUUUUGUUCAACUCUGGCUUCCUGUAUUUUUAAUUUGAUGUGGUUUGAAUUUUUCAUUUCUGAAAAGAAGAAUGGACCAAAAAACUGUGAACUGUUGCUGAUGACUGAAACUGAAAAAUAAUGUAUGAAUUAAAUACUGUCGAUUCAAUUUCAAACAGUCCUGUUUCCUAGUUUUACAAGCUGUUGUAGUCAGGGAAACGGCUCGUUUCAAGGAUUUGAUAUCUGUGUAAAUGUUCUGCAGGUGGGUGCAGCUGUGUAUUACCCUCUUAUCAGGACGACUGAGAUCUUUAGACAGCGAAGCCAUCCAAAUGCCGAGUCAUCAGUUUUCCAUUCUGAUUCAGUGAAAACGUUUGUGGCAGCUGACGGGCAUCUUGGCUCGCUUCCUCACAAAUCCAUCUACUUAGCUAAAAGGAGGGUUCUAAGCAAGUCUGAAUUUGUAAUUAAAGCAUUUUAAUUUGUAGAAUAAGAAAUGGAAAAACUCACAAUCUAGCUAACAACUACUCCUCCCAUGUUAAUGCCAGAGUCUCUAGGACAUCUCAUUAAAGGAAAAUGUCUGCUCCAUAUCAGAGUUUGGAAGUGCUAUAAAUCGCCUCACUGUUGAGGGUUUAUUGUGUUUGCCUCAACAAGGCACAAGGCAUCCUUCAUCAUCACUCUUACAGGUGAGGCCAAGGUCGCAUGGCUUUGAUAAACGCAUUAACAUUUUGUGAACUUGGUCUGCGGAUAAACUGCUCUCCUCUGACUCCUUUUUUGUACAUUCAUGCUAGGGUUAGAUAUUAAUACGCUUUCAUUUCUUUGUGUUUCAUUUCUGUGUUCAUGGUGUUUGGUGAGGGGGCAACACAGGCCAGCACUGAAACGAAGGCCAGAGGGGAUCAAGUAAUGAGUUAUUAUACACAUCAGCAAAGGAGACGAGGCCGCUCAGCUCCGCCUGGUUACCGGUGCUGCUCGUGGGCUGAUAACAUUCGCUGAAGCUUGACCUAAUUGGUGGUGGAAAAAAAUAUCCCAUCCAGACUUGGCUAAUGUGCACAAAAAAACGAUAUGACAUUAAAUAGGACGAGUAUCACACUCUGCUGUGCAUAGUGGCUUGCAAAAAUACCCAUCCGUCUUUGGAUUUUAUGUGGUAGAGCAAGAAAAAGCAACACAUAAUGGAAGAAAAAGCAGUAAGAAGGCUUAAUUUGUAUCUUGCCCCCUUCAUUAUAAAACUUCACAAUCCAGUGCAACCAGGAGUCAACUAAUUUAUAGAGUCCACCUGUGUGUAAUUUAAUCUCUGUAUAAAGCUUUUCACAUUAGUGGACAAACAGCAACAUGAAGACCAAGAAACACAGCAGGCAGGUGGUAAUAUAUUUGGAUCUUCUUAUUGAGGAAGAGCCAAAUAAUGAUCCAGUUGAUACUUGUAUUAACAUUCAUUUCAUUCAGUAUUUAUCUGGGCCCCUCCAAUGGGUUCUCUGCGCUUUCUUGCUGCAAUGUGUUAGUUCUUUCUGCUUUUGGUGUCUUUUAUUCUGCUAAAGAGCGAACAUGAUCCAGCUUUUUUGUUUUAGCAGGUGUGGAAAAGCUAAACGUAGUUAGCAAGAGACUGCAAAUACUGGGGUCUACUUAAUGUAAAUGCAAAAACGGACAGCCAGAGUGGCAGGUUUAGAUUAAGGGGUUGGCUGAGUACAAAGACAUGCCACACCUUUCAGAUUUCCUCUUUUUUCCCCCCUAUUUUUAUAAAUUUUAAAGAUGAUCUAUCAUUUCACUUCCACUUUAAAACUGCACUACUUUGUGUUGACCACAAAAUCCCACAAUUUUUUUUUUAUUCCUGUGACAAAAUGUAGAAAACUUCAGCAAGAUUUAGAUUUUUUUUUUUAGGUAAACAAAAGCAUUCACCACUAUUCAUCUGGUGUGUGUCAAACGUUCAAGAGGAAGGAAUGAUGAAGGUUCUUAAAAGUAAAUCAAAAGCUUCUCCACAAGGUAUUAGGGGCUGUGUUUCAAAAUCGCCAGUAUACAGAUGACCAAGUCAAGAGGUUUGGCCAGAGGGAGGCGCACCGCCUAUAUUUGAAUACAACAAUUAAGCAAACUGGUCUAACUCUGAUUAAACACUAGGGAGAGAGGAGAGAGAAACCCAUAGCCAAACGCAGACAGGUUUAAAAAAAAAAAAAAUCCUGUAGUGCUUUUAUAACUUUACAACCGAGGAGAUAACUUGUAUAUAGAUUGAAAUAGCCUAUUUGUUGCUUUUAUAGCUGCUGUGUGACAUAAUUUACAAAGUCUGCAUAGUUUUUCUGCAAGGUUCCCCGUUGGACUGGCAGCCACUUCAUCAUCACGGCGUGCGUCUCCUUCUCGGCGCUCUAAACUGAUUAUCGGCUGAAGCGCACACAAGCAGCAGCAGCAGCAGCAACCCGGCUGUGACACCCGUCCGACCCAGCUACAGACUGUGCUCAGGCUGGGUGGCUGCUGCACUGGCACCAUGGAGCAAAAAUCACCAAAACCCGGAGGCUCCGGCCGGGGCCAGGAGUCCAUGUCCUACCAGCGGAGGAUGUGGAAGAAUUUCCAGGAGAAAACCAAGCCGUGGCUCAGUCCGAAGCUGGGCUCGGAGCGCCGCGGAGCCGGAGGUGGCGCGGAGGGCACCAAGAAGGAGUCCGGCUUGUGGAUGUUCAAGAGGAAAAAGAAACAGCUGGACCGGGUGUUUUCGUCAUCGCAGCCGAACUUAUGCUGCUCCACUCCGGCGCCUUUUGAAGGAGACAAGCUCGCCGCUGGCGGAGGCGACGCGACCUCAGAGAUGAGCUCCGACUGUCAGGCUCUGGGGACAGGCAGCAAACCGGAGCUGACGGCCCACGGGAGCCCCAAACUCCCCGUGUCCCAGCUGAUGAUGUAUCAGCUGAAGAGCUCCUCUCUCGGUUCGUCGUGCUUCGAGAAGCUGGUGGUGGAUCCCGCCGCGGAGCCCGGAGGAGAAGAAGAGCAUCUGCGUAAAAACGCAAGUGAUUCUGGCAUCAACAUUGUUGGACCUAGUAAUGCAGAGUCUCAGCCUCAUCUGCCUUGUCCAGCCAUGUACCAAUUGGAUAUUGUCUUGAAGAAAGGGAAAAAUCUCGCCAUUCGUGACCGGACAGGGACCAGCGACCCAUAUGUGAAGUUUAAAAUCGGAGGGAAGGAAGUGUUCAGAAGCAAGACGAUCCACAAAAAUUUAAACCCAGUGUGGGAUGAGAGAGUUAUCCUUUUGGUGGAAAGUCUCAGGGAGCCUCUAUAUGUCAAGGUGUUUGACUAUGACUUUGGACUUCAGGAUGAUUUCAUGGGGUCAGCAUAUCUACACCUGGAGUCACUGGAACAUCAAAGGACGCUGGAUGUGACUCUGGACCUGAAGGACCCACAGUACCCUGAGCAUGACCUGGGUAGCCUGGAACUCACCGUCACUCUGUCACCAAAGGAAGGAGACAUAAAGGAUGCUACCAUGCUUUUGAGAAGAAACUGGAAACGAUCUAGUAAGUAUCAGAGUAUGAGGCUCUCGGAUGUGCACAGGAAAGCCCAGCUCUGGCGAGGUAUCGUCAGCGUCAGUCUAAUCGAAGGUCGCAACCUGCAGCCCAUGGACACCAACGGCUUCAGUGAUCCUUAUGUCAAGUUCAGGAUGGGUCAUCAAAAGUACAAGAGCAAGACAAUUCCCAAAACACUAAACCCGCAAUGGAGAGAGCAGUUUGAUUUCCAUCUGUAUGAAGAGCAGGGAGGCUACCUGGACAUCACAGUCUGGGACAAAGAUGCUGGCAAGAAGGAUGACUUUAUGGGCAGGUGUACUAUCGACCUGUCACUUCUCAGUAAAGAACAAACUCACAAGCUGGACUUGCCGCUGGAGGAAGGAGAAGGUGUUCUGGUGUUGCUGGUCACACUCACUGCAUCGGCCGCGGUUUCAAUCUCAGAUCUGUCCGUCAACAUGUUGGAUGAUCCACUUGAAAGGCGCCAGAUUAUGCAAAGAUAUAGCCUCUGGAGGUCGCUUCACAACCUGAAAGAUGUCGGCAUGGUGCAAGUGAAGGUCAUCAGAGCUGAGGGACUCAUGGCGGCAGAUGUCACAGGUAAAAGCGAUCCGUUUUGUGUGGUGGAGCUGAGCAAUGAUCGGCUACAGACACACACCGUCUAUAAAAAUCUAAACCCAGAGUGGAACAAGGUCUUCACUUUCAACGUCAAGGACAUCCACUCAGUGCUUGAGGUUACCGUUUACGACGAGGACCGGGACAGAAGUGCCGACUUCCUUGGGAAAGUGGCUAUCCCUUUGCUAAAUAUCCAAAAUGGAGAACGCAAAGCCCACGUCUUGAAAAGCAAGGAGCUGACAGGGCCAACAAAAGGGGUCAUCUUUCUCGAAAUAGACGUGAUUUUUAAUGCUGUGAAGGCUGGUCUCAGGACGUUGACUCCCGUCGAACAAAAGUACAUCGAGGAGGAGCCUAAAGUGUCCAAACAGAUGCUUUUGCGCAACUUCAACCGAGUCAGACGCUGCAUCAUGUUCCUGAUCAACACAGGCUGCUACAUCAACAGCUGCUUCGAAUGGGAAUCUCCGCAGAGAAGCAUCUGUGCUUUUGUGAUUUUCACCAUUGUUGUCUGGAACUUUGAGCUUUAUAUGAUUCCUCUGGCUUUGCUUCUGCCGUUGGCCUGGAACUACAUUCUCAUCGCGUCGGGGAAGGAUACGAGGCAAGAUGUCCAAGCUGUGGAGGACCUGCUGGAAGAUGAGGAUGAGGAUUUUGACAAAGAUGACAAGGACCCUAAACAAGGCCCCUGGGAGGACAGCCAUGAUAAAAACCAUAUCCUCGAGGAUAUAUUGGCUUCCUGGCACUUUGAGUGGAUACGAGUGAUGGUGGACUCGGAGAGAAAGGGCUUCAUGAACAAGCUUUAUGCCAUUCAGGACGUGUGCAUCAGCGUGCAGAAUGCACUGGAUGAAGUGGCCUCCUACGGCGAGAGGAUAAAGAACACAUUUAACUGGACUGUGCCUUUCUUAAGCUGGUUAGCGAUUGUAGCUCUCGUUGUGUCCACAAUCAUAAUCUACUUCAUUCCACUACGGUUCAUCGUGCUGGCCUGGGGGGUUAACAAGUUCACAAAGAAACUGCGGGACCCUUACACCAUUGACAACAAUGAGCUGCUGGACUUCCUGUCCAGAGUGCCCUCAGAUGUACAAAUGGUGCAGUACCAACAGCUGAAACUGGAUCCCAAUCCCAGUCCAAAUAAAAGGAAGAAAAACAACCCCGGGUAGAUCACUGCAUCCGCCCACGGACUCCUCUCUCCUUCAUUUCUUUUCCUGCUGGUUGGAUGCUGGACGCUGAGAAGCAAAGCCUGGGCUGAACCAUCCUUCUUCUAUUUAUAUCCUGCUUUAUUUUGUUAAACUUCAUUUCUCCUGUCAGUAGGCUUUACACUUUCUCUAAAUAUAAUUUUAUAUGAGCAUCGACUUCAAGAAACCUUUAACUCAUUAUUAUUAUUAUUAUUAUUGUAUUGUACACAUUAUAUAUUGAGUCCUUUUUAUAUCAGCCAUCUGAGCUGCUGUGUCCUUCCCUCUGGGAGUGUGUGUGCUUGCCACAGUAGUCAAACAGGUUACCGUUAAAUUAUUUGUAGAUAAUUGAUACUAUUUAGAUUUACAUAAAUAUAAAUCCAGGCCUUAAACGAUCAUUCUCGACAUUUCUUUAGCUUGUACUAUAUAGCUUUGAAACACUUUUGGUGAAAUGUUUCUAUUUUCUAAUUGUUUUUUAUACUAUUACAUCCUUAUUUUUGAUCUCCUCUUGAAUGUUUUGAUGAUUUAAUGUUUUGCUGGCAGUAAUUUGUGUUGUUGCUAUCUAAAUUAGCAGGCAGAUUUCGUCUGUAGGCUCCAGACAUGUUUCUUUACAAACAAGCGCAUCUCGGUAAAUUAAAAUAUUAUUAAAACGCUGGCUCUACCGAGAACCCUGAGAGCCACCAUGCACAGAUGUAUCCAGGAAAUGGUCACCCUGUGUGUUAAGCCACUCCAGAACCAGAGACAAUGUCAGAAGCGUCUUACCUUGAUGAAGAAAUCAAAGGACUGGACUGUUGCUGAGUGUGGGCUGCAGAUCUCUUCUUAGAUGGGGGCACAUUAGAUGGGUUUUACAUUUUAGAUUGACACCAAACCUCUUAAGUCUGGUUUUUAUUUUCCAGCAGGACUCGGUAACAGCCUACACUGCCAAAAGUACCAAUAUCUGCUUUAAUAACCACGAUAUCACUGUGCUCGAUUGGUCAGCAAAUUCGCCGGGCCCCUUAGACAAUCUAAGAAGAGACUCCAGAUCCAACAGUUGAAGCUGAAGGGUCGCUAUUACAGUAUCAAAAAAAAAAACUUUUGUAAUUAGUCUUCUAUAAUUUUUUAAACCAAACCAAGAAAUAUUUUACUGUAGGUAAUGAACUUGGAACAAUUUGCCCUUUGGAGCCAAAAAUACUGCAAUAAAAUAACACAAGUUUUAACAACAUAAUAUUCUAAUUUAUCAAGAUGCAAUUGUGAAAACAAAUCUGGACCAACAGGCCGUGAGUUCCUUUUUUAGUCACUAAACCAAUGAGUAGGAACAAGUUUGAUCAUUUGGCGCAUUGGAUCUCUAGAAAGUGUGCAGUUUAACCCUGUCAGCGUCAUCAGUCAGUCAGUACGACACCUUCUCAGUGAGGAGGCGCUGCAGACUGGGCCUGCUGUCGCUGUGCUUAUAUAGAUGUCACCCGGUCUAUGCAGAGUGUCAUCGAGCAGGCAGGCCUUUAGGCAGGCACAGCCCUAAUCUUGUUUGAAAGGCCGGUCUCUUUCCCUCUCAUCUCCCUGUGUGUUUGCCUUGGCGGCCACACAUGAAAGCGCUUACACACGAGGCGCACUUCUACAGCACGGGCACGCACGCCGACACAAAGAGCCCCAGCCUCUCUUUCUCCCUCUCAGGAGGGAAGAGAGAAAGAAGGCAUCUCUGGUAGGAAGUCUUGCACACUGUAACUACUUGCUCGCAGAUAAAACAACAGAGUGUCAUAUUUGAGCAGGAACAGUUUCUCCCUCUCAACCAAGCACACACACACGCCCACGCCCGCCACGCAAACACACAAGCAGACAUGCAAACAUGCUCUCUAUGAUGCUGCGCCCCGGGCUGGCCGCCCUCUCCAUCUGCCCCACCUCCUGUGCCCACAGCUCAACUUUGAUCAGCCCUUCCAGAGACACGGGCGCGUAUGUGCGCCCUGUGUAUUUACAGAGGAGUGUUUGCAUAUACACGUUUAUGCAAUCAAAGAUUCUCCCAGCGUCAGUGUGUGGUACAGUUGCAUCUCCCCUCCAGCUCUAGACUGACACUCAGAUUCGAUGGGGUGCGCGUGUGUGUGUGUGUGUGUGUGUGUGUCUGGGUGUGUGCUGCAGCAGAGGCACCAGCUGUUUUUCGGUGUUGACUUUGUGGAGAUGCUUGAUGAGCAGUAAGUCAUUGUGUGACAAGACAAGGCUCUGAGGGGACUUAGGCCUGAGAUGUCAGGGAUGGAGGAAUAUUUGUGUGUGUGUGUCGGCGUGUGUGUGCAUGUGUUUUAUCCUAUUUCAAAACACACUUCCCGUCAUGCUUUCCCCGUUUGCUCUCUCUGCGGUUUCCUCAUUCGUCAGUAAGCAGGGUUGCGACCCUGUCUGAAGGGAUGGUCUCUUGGGCUUCUUGUAGAGCUUCUCUUGAAAGAUCACAGCACAAGCUAUGUUUGAGGAGGUCCUGUCUCAUCCUAUUGAUCCCUGCCUCCAUUUCCCACUGCCUCCACUUCUUUGUCUGACUGUCUUUAAGUCUGUAAAACCCCGGCUCACUGCAUCUAGUGUCGUCUUCUCCCCUCAUCUGUCUGUCUCUGUGCCGCCGCCUUCCACCUUUUGAAGCUCCGCUCUACUUCAUAAGUUUGUUUCCAUUCUCCGAUAAAUGAUUUUAUCGUCUGAUCCAUUUGGGAAGCAGUAAUAAACUUUUCUUUGCCACAAACUUGUUACUCGAGGGGAUGGCGUUUUUGUUUUGCCCGAUGAACUGCUUGAAUACGUGACACUUGUUUUUACUGCAACAGCGCCUGUACCAUUUGUUGACACCCCUAGUACUGAGUAUAAAAAGCCUUAAUUUCUUUUAUCGCAACAGGAUAAUCUCACACAGGAAAAAAAAAAUCUUUAGUGGGGAAAAUGCUAUAUUAAGAAAUCAGUACCUUCUCUAACAGUUCCUAGUAAAUAGAUGUACCUAAACCAUUUUUAAAACAUAUGCUUAUAAGUUUUAAAUUGAUCAGAGAUGAUAAGAAACCCUACUUAGUAAUUGAUCACUUGCUGUUUUCUGGGGCAUAAAUAUGACUUGUCGUAUUUUGUCAACUCUACAAAAACAGAAAAAUCAAGACGACAUGCCUUUUAUGUAAGACGGAUAUAAGUUGAUCUCCACAAGGUAGAAGUUUAAAAUGUAGACCAAUUGAAUGGUUUUAUUUUCCAUGCUUGUCUGUUUGCAGAAAUCAGGAGUUACCUGAGAAAUCAACACUAAAAAAUUCAAUACGUAGCUUCUUUUUAAAAAAAGAAACAAAUAAAAAACAACAUGGUGAUAAAUGAACCACUGUAUGUCUCCAGGUCCAUUUUCAGACUUCAGUAAUUUUUCAGGAUGAAAAAUACAUUCUCAGAAGUUUUAAUUACUUUUUCUUGGAGAAUGUAUAAGAAAAACAUGAUCACCCAUUUAAAUGUUUAGUGCUUUAGUACCCAGCCGCAUAACCCAAUAAUAUUACAAGCUAGCACAGAUAGAAAAGCUGAGUUAAGUUCGUAUGCAAUUAUUUAGAUCGUAGUUUUCAUUAUUAAUGCCUCCCAUGACUGACAGACCUUUAAUUAUUGUCACAACCCGUUUGGUUUCUUAAUAAAUUAUGCUCACAUCAACCUGUAGCCAUUAAAUUCUUUUACAGUCGUUUCUCCAGUUUUGUAGUUUUCAUUUGCUGCUUUAAUGUGUUGUCCUGUUUCUUAAGUAUUUGUACCAGUGUUGCCAAUUACUUUGCCAUUUGUGAGUUUACAAAAAUUAUUUCUUAGCCCCACUAAAUAAAUAAAAGUAAUCAAAUUUAAGGUUGGAUUUUUAAAAAUAUUUGCACUGUUAGAUAAUGAUGUUGCUGCAAUAGAAAAAAGAAAAUAAAUCUGGCUUUUUUCAAAUCUUCACUUGGGGUAUCAACUAAUUUGUUCGCGACUGUGCGUUGCAGAUUUGUGAGUGUUGUGCGGUAAUGCAUCCAAAUGUCCCUUUUUGUUUAGUUUAAGGUUUUGGCUGCGUUGACCAGCAAACCAAAGUGUGAUUUUUGUAUCAUGUAGAGAGAAAAUGUAUAAGAAGAAUGUAUUGGGCUGAUAGCUGUCAAAGAAAGAGAAGCACUUUUAUUUGAAUGAGACUAUUUAUUUUUUAAAGAAUACUGUACAUAGCUAACUGAUUAAUGUAUGGUUGUAUUUUAUACAGUAUGCCUGUCGAUGUUCUGGUAAUAAUACUGUAAAGUAGGUGUAUUGCCUGCCUUGAUUUAUUUUUAUUUUUUUAAAUAUUUGUCUUGUCUGCCUGCAAAAUCUUCUGCUUGUGACAUCAUCUCUGUGUGUCUCUUUACAACCAACAAGAUUUACAGACAUGACAGCUGGAAGGAAGGGCAUAAUAUGUUGUAUACCUCUAAUUUAAGUAAUGAUAAUCAUCUGAUAAAUGUGGCUUAUUUUGGGUCAAAAAUAGUGAAACAAAAACUUUCAAUUAAAUAUUUUUUAGCAA